AUGGCCGGAAAUCUCGCAGCCGUGUUGAAACAGAGAUUGGCAACGACUGGCGCGAUGGAUCCCAGAGCAGAGCCGUGCUUGUCCUGGGCAUUUACCAGUUACAGGGGCGCUCUCAUUUCCAUUCCAAGUGAACUGGUCGACGCAUCGAUCAGAAGUUCGACAAUGUUCUUUAUGGCGAACGCGAACAGAGACCAAGAGAAAACAUUUGCAGAUAAACUGGUGUUCAGUGGUGGUGGUGACUCUCUGAUCGUUUUUCAUGGCACCAAAUCGGAUAGGCUCUAUCCGAUCCUCCAUAAUGGUUUGAGGACACAAGUUCAACCUGGAAUGAUGCAGUGGGGAAAGGUGCUUGGGUCCGGGAUUCAUACGGCCAGGGACAGCUCAGUCGCAAUGGGCUAUGAAAACUUCUCCAAGCCUGUACCAGCUCUUCAGGGUGCCUGCAUCACUUUCUACACGGUUCUCAUGUUGAUAUGUGAGCUUGCAGAACCCCAAAAAUACAAGAGAGCGACUCAAGAUCCUCGUACUGGGAAGCAGUGUGAUGUAUUGGUAGCAACGGAUCCUUCGUACCUUAUUUUGCGAGCAGUUGUGUUGGCAAGACCCGGCUUGGAGCUGCCUCCCGUGAAGAACGCUCUCCCCCACAGGAUGGUCAGACGCUUGAGAUGA